CGGCACCUACAAAUCGGACUCUUCCUUCGUUUCUCUUCAUAACAAUAAAUUAAUAAUUAAUAAUCACAUUCAUAUAUAUUCUCUUUCUACUUUCCCCUUUUCUCAAUCCAACACUUUCUUCCCCUCUACUUUCUCAAAUACAAAAACUUCAACCUUCUUUUACUUUUCCAACUUUCAAUUCAGUUAGAAAAAAAAAAAAACACCUCAAUUUCUCUCUCAUCGUUUCAAUCUCGAUUUUCGAUUCUGAUCCACCGUGAUUCCAUUGGUUUCAAUUCUAUUGCGAAUUUUCGAAAAUGUUUAACGGUAUGAUGGAUCCUGAUUUGAUCAGAAUCGCUCAGGAACAGAUGAGUCGCAUGUCUCCCGCUGAUAUGGCUCGGAUCCAACAACAGAUGAUGUCGAAUCCAGAUUUGAUGAGGAUGGCUUCGGAGAGUAUGAAGAAUAUGAAUCCGGAAGAUUUUAAACUUGCUGCGGAACAGUUGAAGCAUACUCGGCCGGAAGAGAUGGCGGAGAUUGGUCAGAAGAUGGCUAAUGCGUCGCCGGAUGAAGUAGCGGCUAUGCGUGCUCAUGCGGAUGCGCAGAUUAAGUAUCAGUUGAGUGCGGCGGAGAUGUUGAAGAAGCAGGGAAAUGAACUUCACAACCAAGGAAAGUUUGAUGAUGCUUUGCAGAAGUAUAAGUUGGCCAAGGAAAACAUCAGAGAGAUUCCAUCUUUUCAAAGUAGAAAACUUCUUUUGGCGUGCUCACUUAACUUGAUGGCCUGCUACUUGAAGACAAGGCAGUAUGAUGAAUGCAUACAAGAAGGUUCUGAGGUUUUGGCGUAUGACGCAAAGAACCUUAAGGCUCUUUAUCGAAGAGGUCAGGCAUAUAAGGAGCGAGGCCUGCUACAGGAUGCCGUCACUGAUUUGAGCAAUGCACUUGAAGUGUCUCCUGAUGAUGAUAUAAUUGGAGAGCUUCUACGGGACACCAAGGAACAGUUGAUAAAGGAAGGCGGUCAUUGUGCUCCUGGAAGAUUAGUAAUUGAAGAAAUAACUGAAGAAGUUGAUAAUGUGCCUUCUGGAAACAACAGAAACACUUCUUCCGAACAAACGUUUGAUCAACCAAAAAAGUCUGUUGACUCUUCUAAGAGUUACAAUAUAGCUAACAAUGGAAAUCUAAAAUCAAAUUCAGACAGUAUAGAUACACUGAAGAAAGAUCCUGAAGCCAUCAGAUCAUUCCAAAAUUUUAUUUCCAAAGCUGAUCCUGCCACUCUGGCUUCUUUGAACAUUGGACAAUCCAAUGACGUGUCUCCAGAUAUGAUUAAAGCGUCCUCGGAUAUGAUCGGCAAGAUGUCACCUGAGGAUCUUCAAAAAAUGCUCGACAUGACGUCUUCAUUUCAAGGAAACAACCCAUUUCUCAGAGGAGGUUCCUCUGAAUCUCCUUUCAACUCUGGAUCAAUUCCUCCCAAUGUGACACCUGAUAUGUUAAAAACAGCAACUGAUAUGAUAAGUAAAAUGCCACCAGAUGACCUUAAGAAGAUGUUUGAAAUGGCAUCCUUAAUGAAAGGGAAAGAAUCUAUUCCAUCAGCAGCAGCUGUAGACAAGAAAGAAAGAAAUUUUUCACAGUCAAACUUCCCAUCCUCAAGCACCAGUCGUGCUUUUGGAGAAUCCAGUUCUUCUGACAAUGCAUUUUCAAAUAUUAUAAAUGGUUCAGAGCCAAACUUCCCAUCCUCAAGUACUGAUUUACAAGAACAGAUGAGAAACCAGAUGAAAGAUCCAGCUAUGCGGCAGAUGUUCACAUCAAUGGUUAAAAAUAUGAGCCCAGAAAUGAUGGCAAACAUGGGAAAACAAUUUGGUUUCGAUCUUUCACCAGAAGACGCUGAAAAAGCUCAGCAAGCCAUGUCAUCCAUAUCACCAGAGAAAUUGGAGAAAAUGAUGCUUUGGGCGGACAGGCUUCAAAGAGGAGCUGAAUGUGCAAAAAAGACAAAGAACUGGGUUCUAGGGAAAUCCGGCCUUGUCUUUGCAAUAUGCAUGCUCAUUUUGGCUUUCAUUCUUCACCGGUUAGGUUACAUUGGUAGCUAGAAUAAGGGUCGCACAUUAUGGGUUCCUUAAGAAUCUAAACUCAGGCACAGCUUUUUGAGGUGACAUGAUUGAAUAUGCUGUGUCUGCCGAAGUAACAUAGGAGAGAAGAGGUUGAAACCUAGUUUAUACCCCAUUGGUUAUUUAUUUGGAAAUCAAUGCCAUAAUGUUAUCUCAUCAGAUAUGUUUAGAUUGAGAAUGUGAUUGCAAUUUUUUUUUUGUUUCUCUGUAAUAUAUUAGAUUUUGAAUUUGAAUUAUUUAUCAUUUAGAACUGAGAAGAAUCCUACAAUUCUGUAACUUUAGUCAUUACCAUACCCUAAUUUUAAUGCUUGUAGUUGUAUUCCGAACCAUUAUCUACUAAUUUAAGUAACUUAUUCUGAUCUAAGUUGAUUCUAA